AUGUCCAAGCAGCCCGAUCGCACCAUGGAGUACCAAGACGAGUUGCCCCCGCUGCCCUUGCCGCCGCUAGCGCAGACGCUUGAGCAGUACAUACAGAGCUGUGAACCGCUCCUGACGCCCAGUGAACUCGAGCAUACAAAAGCCGUGUGUCACGAUUUCCUCGAGGGCGUCGGACCGCAGCUGCAGUCGGUUCUAGAGGAACGGGCGGACUCGGAGCGCAAUUGGGUGGAGGAGUGGUGGGAGACCUUUGCCUACUUGCAGCCACGGUACCCCUCGGCCAUUAACAUUAACUGGUACGGCGUCCUGCCUGGGAACUGGGGGCCUCGAGACAUGAGUCAGUGCGAAGCGGCGUCUAUUUUCACGCACGCGAUCCUCAAGUUCCGCAAAACUCUAUUGGCGGACAAGUACCCGCCGGAAACGAUGAUGGGGCGGCCGCUGUGUAUGUUUACGUACACGCGCAUGUUCAACACGUGUGUGGUUCCAGGCGAAGAGUGCGACGAGAUGGUGUCGUACCCACCUGAUGCCAAGCACAUUCUCGUCUUACGGAACAACUGCAUGUGGGCAGUGCAGGUGAUGCACGACAAUGGCGACGACCUCCCGCUCGCAGACAUUUUGAGACAAUUUGAAUUGGUGCGGGAUGAAGCCACGGGACUUUUUGACUUGGAGCGUUACCCACCCGUUAGCGUCUUGACGUCCGAGAAUCGAACAAACUGGGCCAAGGCGCGGGACCAUAUCAUAGCGCUAGAUGACGUCAACAAGCAGUCGUUCGACCUGAUCGAGCGGGCGCUGUUUUGUGUUGCUCUCGAUGAGAGCUCUGCGUCGACGUACGACGAAAUUGCACGCAAUUGCUUGCUUGGCGACGGCCGCAAUCGCUGGUACGACAAGCCGUUUACGCUGAUUAUCCACGAGAACGCUCGAGGCGGGUUGAACGGCCAGCACGUGUGGGCAGAUGCAUUAGUGGUCGUCCGCCUGUUUGACUACUGCAUCAAAUAUGUCAACGAGAACUUCAAGGCCAUGUUUGCGAAUCGCGCCGACUUGCAACCUACGUUCAACUUGAAACCGAAGCGACUGGAGUGGGUGCUUGACAACGCUGCUUACACGGCCAUUGAGUGCGCCAGUGCUGCCGUGGGAAAGCUGAUUCACAACAGCGACAUUGCGACAAUUCAGUUCAACCACUACGGUUCGGCCUUCCUCAAGCGCUAUAAGCUCACGCCAGACUUUUUUAUGCAGAUGGCUAUCCAACUCGCACACUACAAGAUGCACAAGAGUCUGCCUGCUGUGUAUGAGUCGGCCCACACGAGGAUGUUUUACCACGGCCGCACGGAAACGAUUCGGUCGUUGUCGAGCGAGUCUCUUGCCUUUGUAAAGACGAUGGAGUCAAGUGCCUCGGAGGGAACAAAGUGGGAAGCGCUGCGCACAGCCAUCGACGCUCACAAGGAGACGCUGAAGAAAUGCCUGACUGGAGACGGUAUUGACCGCCAUCUCAUGGGUUUGCAGAUCGUGGCAGAGAUGUCUGGUAUCACGCCAAAGCCCUCAUUGUUCACCGAUCGCGCGUUCGAGUUGAGCAAGAAGUAUCUGGUAUCCACCAGCAACAUCAGCGGCGGACCUGGUGCGAGUCCCAUUUGGGGCGGCUUUUCGGCCAUGUACAAUGAAGGCUACGGCGUAUGCUAUGCAUUGCAACCUGACCGCAUCAACAUGAGUGUUACAUGCUACCACUCAUGCCCAGAAACAAGCGCUUCGGAGUUUAAGCGUUACUUGGAGACUGCUCUGCUGGAGAUGGUGGAUCUCUGCCUCUCGCGUAACGUCAUUUACGUUGGCACAUCCAAGAUAUAA